UGUUUUAGAAUUUGCUGGGAGUUGUUUGCAGCCAUAAAUACCAGCUCCUCGAUCUCCUGAUAUUACUCUAUCAAGCUGCAGUGACAGCCACUGUAAGAAGUUACAUAGAAGCUGAAACCAGUUGGGACUCGCUUUUCGUUGAGGGCCAAUCUACCAACAACCAACAAUGAAAUGCAGUCUUGGACACAGCCACAGGCACCGCCUCUCUUCUUUUACUGCAAAAGGCUUCACCUCCUCAUGGGCAAGGCUAAUACUUAGGAGUCAUUAGAGCCACAAAGCACCUUUCUCCUAAAGUCUCACCCUUAUCAAGCUGGCUCAGACAGAGGUCCCCUGUAGCAUAACUGAAGAUGUACCCCCAUCUUCCACUCAAUCCAUAAGGCUCUGGGGGCCACACCUUCUGAAGACACUAAAGUGGUGGGUACUGCAGGGAUGCAUCACAUUUCCCUUUGGAGAAUCAGGUAAAGUUUCUCAACAGAUUGUCAUAUGGCGAACUGAGGUUUUGCUUUUUUUAAAAAUCUUCUGCAUGGUUUGAGAUUAUUUAUUUAGCACUCGCAGAUCAACUAGACUUUAUUUUGUCACCCAUUGCUACAUAGGUACAUAAUUUCUUACAAUCCUUGCAGUUCAACUUGUUUACCAUUACCUCACUGUCAUGUUACCUCAUGUGGACUAAACAACAGCCACCACACCUUUUUGUUUACUAUUAUGUCAUCCUGACCUUAAAUUCCGGUAGAUAUUGUCUACAUGAUCCAUGAGCUGUUAAAACAAAGUCUAAAAAAACACUGGUAGAAAGCAGUUUGGCUCUUUGUGGUCUACUAGCCAAGACAUAAAAGGAUAAACCCCAAAGCUUUAUAUUUUUUUCUCUAGCUUAUGACAGAUAAAUAAAAAUAUAUUUUGUGCAGAAUAAGUGCAGAAUUUGACUGCCAUUGGGGUUUUUUUGAGCUCCUGACUGAUCUUUGCAGGUACAUAACAUCUAGUGACAACUGCCAUUUUGCUUGUUUUUUUUUUAUUUCUUAAAUAUCUCUUUACUUCCAUCUAGUGGCAAAAUUUCCAAAUUGCUUCCUAGAAUUGUUCAGCAUGUGUACAGCAGCAUGUCCAAAUGUACUAUUUUUGGUGUUUUCUUUUCAUAAACAUAUACUGUUUUGUUUUGGGGGCGUGGGGGAUUGUUUUGUUUUUUGCAGCCCGAAUGCAUCUCCGUUCAUGUAGGCCAGGCUGGUGUUCAGAUAGGAAACACCUGUUGGGAGCUCUACUGUCUGGAGCAUGGAAUCCAGCCAGAUGGCCAAAUGCCUAGUGACAAGCCUAUAGGUGGCAACAAUCAUUGCUCUAGUGCUUUAUUCAGUGAAACGGAGGCUGGGAAGUAUGUCCCCAGGGCAAUCUUUGUUGACCUGGAGCCCACUGUCAUAGAUGAAGUUCGAACAGGAACAUAUCGUCAGCUAUUUCACUCUGAACAGCUGAUCUCAGGAAAGGAGGAUGCAGCUAACAACUAUGCCCGUGGACGCUACACCAUUGGGAGAGACAUCAUUGACUCUGUCGUUGACAGGAUCCGCAAACUGGCUGAUCAGUGCACUGGUCUUCAAGGAUUCUUGGUCUUCCAUUCCUUUGGUGGAGGAACUGGUUCUGGCUUCACCUCCCUGCUGAUGGAGAGAAUCUCUGUUGAGUUUCGCAAAAAGUCAAAGCUUCAACUGGCUGUUUCCCCUGCCCCUCAUGUUUCCACAGCAGUGGUGGAACCUUACAAUUCCAUCCUGACUGCCCACACCACCCUGGAGGACUCUGACUGUGUCUUCAUGGUGGACAAUGAAGCCAUUUAUGACAUUUAUCAAAGAAACCUUAAUAUUGAACGUCCUUCCUACACCAACAUCAACCGCCUUAUAAGCCAAAUAGUCUCAUCCAUUACAGCGUCACUUCGUUUUGAUGGAGCCCUGAAUGUUGACCUGACAGACUUCCAAACCAACUUGGUGCCAUACCCUCGUAUCCAUUUCUCUCUGGCCGCCUAUGCCCCUGUCAUCUCUGCUGAGAAACCCUACCAUGAGCAGCUGUCUGUGGCUGAAAUCUCCAAUGAGUGCUUUGAACCCUCAAACCAGAUGCUAAAAUGUGAUACUCAUCAUGGUAAAUACAUGCUCUGUUGUCUGAUGUAUCGUGGUGAUGUGGUGCCCAGAGAUAUCAACUCUGCUAUCAGAGCAAUCAAGACCAAACGCACCAUUCAGUUUGUGGAUUGGUUGCCCACAAAUUUCAAGAUGGGCAUCAACUACCAGCCUCCAACUGUGGUUCCUGGUGGAGACCUGGCCAAGGUGCAGAGGGCUGUGUGUAUGCUAAGCAACACCACAGCCAUCGCUGAGGCCUGGGCCCGACUGGACCACAAGUUUGACCUGAUGUACGCCAAGAAAGCCUUUGUUCACUGGUAUGUUGGGGAGGGCAUGGAGGAAGGAGAGUUCUUAGAGGCCAGAGAAGAUAUGGCUACUCUGGAGAAGGAUUAUGAAGAGGUGGCAGGUAUCAACUCAUUUGAAGAUGAUGAUGAAUAUUAAAAUGCAUUAUAUCUUAUUUGUUAUUUUCUGGGAUAAAACUAAUACUGGUUAUUUAUUAUUUGUAGAAGUGAGAUUAAAAUGUUAAAUUCUAAUCAGUUUACUUUUCUUCAAUUUACCUACAGACUCUGUAGGUUGUUUAGUUUGUAUCACUAUGAUAAAAUGUAAAAUAAACUGUUUUGAACUGUUGUUGCUCAAAAAAUUGCUUCCAAAAUGCAGUACUGUAUAAAAUG